UAUCGAUAGAGUAAAACUAGAAUUCAAACAACUCUAUGUUUAUCGAACGUGCACUUUACGAGUGCAUCAAAAAUACAAACAGAACCGAAUGUAAGAUAAAUGGAUAGUUAGGUAUUCCCCAGCAGAUCCCAGUAAGAUGUGUUUAGUUAGUUUACAACUUCGCCUGUAAUGCAAUGGAAUCUAGAAUAAUAUGAGAAAAAUAUGAAGAUUAUUGUGCUUUUGGCCUUGGUCCUUCCUUCUUUGUUAACGCAAAAAACAGACGGGCCGUUACAAUGUGUGAUCAUCCAAGACAAACAAGGUUUAACAGUACCGUUUAAUCCGCCAUCUUUUUUGACAUCAAACAUCAAAACACAAUGUCAAGUUCGUGGAACAGGACAAGGGAUGCUAAGAUGUGGAACGUCAAAUGUGUACAUAAAACCUGAGUGUGUCUGUUCUUUUUACAACGUGUAUGAGGCCAAGUACCACAAUUUCUCAUCUUGUCCGCACGGAGAGAAAUCUGAUGAUGUCACAAAAUUAAAAUGUCCUGAUUGCUUUAAGUAUAGCAUGAAUAGGAAUGGACCUUGUAUCAAUGGAGGUAUUCCAACAUGUAAAGGUAACGAAGUGGCUCCUAAUAUUAAUUGUCGGUGUCCACCGAACUACAAGGGAAUGUUCUGUGAGGAAAAAUUAGAAAAUGUAACGAGAAUAUGUGAUAGAACUUCAGUCUCAUCAAUGAAUGGCCUGACAAACUGUGACUCGACAAGAAUGGAAUGUGUUACAUUCAGUAGAAAUCGUCGGUAUGCUUACAAAUGUAAGGCGACCGUUACCUCACAGGAGAGACGAGGAUUACCGUUGUGCGUUAACACAGAAGAUACCACACAAUUAUCUGUUAGAGCCCCAGUUUACCUGACAACGAUGAUUCCCACCGAGCCAGAUCAUAGUUUAACUUCAUCUGCAGGAAUACAUAAGGCCAUAUAUACUAUAACAUAUAUUUCACUGACAUUACAAUUUUUUAAUCUUAAAGUGUUGUUAUAAACAAUAGAUAUAUUGUGUCUCCAAAAUAUAGAACAUCCAUGAUUAAUUCAACAAAAGGAACUCUGCUUACAAACUUUCUUGGAUCAGCGCAAGAAAAUCUUUUUUUUAAGAUUGUAGAUUUUAAUACGUUUAGUAUUACAAGAACGCAACAUUUUGAUUGAUUCAAUUUGUAUUCAUAGAACCCCUAGACCAGGUUGUUUUCCCAAAACCUUAUAGCAAGUUUUAGCUUAAACAUGAUGUAAUUUAGAUAGAAAUGUAUAUGAUUAAAAAAUUCUCCAUGCCGUAGAGAAUAAAAUUGAAAAACACUGUUAUGAAAUCAAUUUAAUAUGUUUUUUAAAACUUUUCAAAACAAUGACCAAACAAAAAUCGCAAGAAGUAACACAAUUAUACACUGUCAAACGCUAAUUUGUUUUUGAAAAAGCAUUCUUGUAGGAAAUAUAAAGAACAUAACGAACACAUUUUGAGAUGAAAUGUUUUGAGAUGCAAUGUUCGUAAUUUUCAAAAUAUAUCGUACUUGCAUAUAUUUUUGAAAAGCAAGCUCUCUCUGCAUUAAAUCGAUGCACAUUUUUACAUGUAUGUAUUGUAAGAUUGCGUUCAAUCUGUAAAAGUAAACUGAAAGACUUCAUGAGUAACAUAUUGUGUUUAUUUUUGUUUCAAAUUUUUCAUUUUUAAAGAAUGUGUUAUUAAAUAUAUCUGAAUUAUAAUUCAAUAUUACAAUAGUACAUAUGUAUAAAAUCGGUUAUAUACUAUUGUGAUUUAAAGAUGCGUACAAGAAAUUAUAUGCCGUAACCUUUAAUUUCCAAGUAUAUAUUUUGUAUAAGUGUUUGUACGAGACAUUUAUCUUUAGAAAUAUCAAAGUGUUUUACUUUAAUGUUUAAGCGUGUGUGUAUGUUUUAUUUGCAUUUAAUUCCUCUGCAUGUUA